AUGCUUCUGUGUAUGGUUCCCUUUCUAGAUGCACCGCCUGCAACUACUGCACUUUCACCAUCAUUAUACGUCGCGAUUGCCGCGAGUGGGUUCUUUGCUUGUCUCGUUAAUGUGUCCCAAUUUGCCGUCAUUGACGCCGUGGGCCCUGUUAGCAGCACAGUCAUUGGACAUUUGAAAACAUGCACAAUUGUAGGCCUGGGUUGGUACUUGAGUGGUCAGUCUAUCUCAAGACAAAGUAUUGCCGGGCUUCUCUUGACUUUGCUUGGAAUGGGCUUAUACAUGGCUGCUGUUCUUCGAAACCGCAGAUGA